CUAUUUUUGCAUAACACGUAGCAACACUUAGAACCGUUUGCCAUUUUUGCGGUGUUAAAGGUAUGUUUGAGGCCCCAAAAAGGCCUGCAGUUUUAUAAUUACGUUAAUUAUAUCAGAUUUGUGGAAAUUUGGGCCAAGUAAUUUAUACCAAUGGCAUCUAUGGCACUAAACCCACAAUACGAUGCAAUCGGAAAAGGUUUUGUACAACAAUACUAUGCUCUGUUCGAUGACCCGGCACAACGAGCAAAUCUAGCUAAUAUGUAUAAUGAAACAUCUUUUAUGACUUUUGAGGGAGUUCAAUUACAAGGUGCUGUUAAAAUAAUGGAAAAACUAAAUAGUCUGACAUUUCAAAAGAUUGGUAGACUAAUAACCUCAGUUGAUUCCCAGCCCAUGUUCGAUGGAGGUGUUUUAAUUGAUGUCCUCGGUAGAUUGCAGACCGAUGAUGAUCAACCACAUGCAUACUUCCAAACAUUUGUGUUGAAGCCAAUAGGAAUCUCAUUCUAUGUUGAACAUGACAUGUUCAGACUGGCUCUUCAUGAUGUUUAAGGUGUGACGAGGACCCUCCACAUCCAUACAUGCAAACAUUUGUUUUAAAACCACUGGGAGACUCUUUCUUUGUUCAGCACGACAUAUUCCGCCUCGGCAUCCACGACGUCGCUUAAUUUAUCCGAAUUGCGAUUUACGUAAAGGUUAUAAAUUAUGACUAACUUGCUAUCAUAAUCUGCUUGUUUUGGUUAUCUAGGUGUAAGAUGCUAGUUUGUCCACUACCCACUAAAUUCCAAAUGUUAAUCUACAUAUUUGGCAAAUGUUUUGGCUUCUGAAGUACAAUGGAUGGCUUUUGGAAAGCGGACUCUUUUCAGUUACAUGUAUACAUUUUAUAAAUAAAUACAUUAAUUAUUUUUUUAUAA